AUGAUGCCUUCCAUCUUCAAACUGAUCUGGCUGUCUGCUUUGCCUCUGGUCUGGGCCGUUCCAGCGCAAAAGAGAGCAGCUAACCCAACUGUGAUCAUCCCCAAGCCUGAGGCUACUGUUAUUGGCUCCACGGGUCUCAAUAAGAUCGAUGAAUUCAAUGGAAUCCCGUUCGCACUGCCUCCGACUGGAUCCCUUCGAUUGAGACCACCCCAGCCAAUCCAAACACCCCUGGGAACUAUCCAGGCGACUUCGACAGCAAGGUCUUGCCCACAAUUCACGUUCAGUACCGACGAAAAGGACAUGCCUGGUUCUGUAAUUGCAAAACUCACCAAUAUCCCGAUCUUCCAGGAGAUCACCAAUUCUGGCGAGGACUGUUUGACUCUCGAUAUACGUCGUCCUUCCACAACUAGGGCGGACGCAAAACUACCGGUGCUGGUCUGGAUCUUUGGCGGUGGCUUUGAACAAGGUGCCACCGCAAGAUAUGAUGGAUCAAACUUUGUCACAAGCUCUGUGAAACUGGGCAUGCCAGUCAUCUUUGUGGCAAUGAAUUACCGACUCGGAGGGUUCGGGUUUCUACCCGGUGCAGAGAUCCUGAAAGAUGGCUCCGCGAAUCUCGGACUUGUAGACCAACGUCUUGCUUUACAAUGGGUUGCAGACAAUAUCGCCGCAUUUGGAGGGGAUCCGUCCAAGGUUACCCUCUGGGGUGAGUCUGCUGGAGCCAUUUCAGUGUUUGAUCAGAUGGCCAUGUAUGACGGUGACAACAUAUACAAUGGUUCGCCGCUUUUCCGGAGUACAAUCAUGAAUUCCGGCAGCAUUGUGGCUGCAAAUCCAGUUGACGGCACGAAAGGUCAGGCUGUAUAUGAUACUGUUGUUCAAAACGCCGGGUGCAGUGGCACUAAUGACACCCUCGCAUGUCUACGCGGGUUGGAUUACACCACAUUUCUCAACGCCGCGAACUCGGUCCCGGGUAUAUUGGGCUACAAUUCUGUUGCGGAGUCAUAUUUGCCUCGUCCAGAUGGCACGGUCUUGACUGAAUCACCAGAACAACUGGUCGUCCAAGGCAAGUAUGCCUCGGUGCCAUUCAUUAUCGGUGACCAAGAGGAUGAGGGCACCAUCUUCGCUUUAUAUCAGAACAAUUUGACGACUACCGAGCAUAUCGUCGACUAUCUACAGACUCUAUAUUUCUUCGAUGCCUCACGGCAGCAGAUUACGGAUCUUGUCACCACCUACCAAAAUAUUCAAGAAGACGGCUCCCCCUUCCGCACGGGAUCCCUUUACAACUGGUACCCUCAAUAUAAACGAUUGGCGGCCAUUCUGGGCGAUCUGUCUUUCACCCUCGCACGCCGGGUCUUCCUAGAUUACGCCAAGAAAGCGAAACCAGAUGUUCCUUCUUGGUCCUAUCUCUCAUCUUAUGACCAUGGCCUCCCCUUCCUAGGCACCUUCCACGGAUCGGAUGUCAUCCAGGUGUUCUAUGGGAUCUUGCCAAACUACGGAUCCAAAUCCAUACACUCAUACUACUUAUCUUUUGUGUAUGAGCAGGAUCCCAAUGAAAGGGCUGGGGAUUAUAUGCAUUGGCCACAAUGGCGUGACAACCAGUCGCUGAUGAACUUUUUCCUCGAUCACGGCGCCCUUUUACCGGAUAACUUCCGUCAGGAUAGCUAUGACUUUCUCAAGGCGAAUCUUGCUACGUUCCAUAUUUGA